AAUAAUUCUUUCCGGCCAACGGGCCGGUUAAAAAGCUAAUAUUGUUUAAAAUGAAAAGUUUGGAUAUUAGAUUGUAUUUACUUUUUUUUUUUUAAUAUUAACUGAUGCCUUUCACGCGUUGUUGCGCAUAAAAAACCGGAAACUGCUACUGAACCCCAUCUUCCAAAAGAAGCCCUCAACGUCACACCUACAGGAUACCAGGCCCAACCUGCACCACGACGGGCUUCAAUUGCCAGCCCAACUACUGUCUUCUCCUCCUAUGACCUACCUCACUCUGCAUUUCCGCCAAAUCACAUCCCAACUGUAACCAAAUUUUGUCUUUGCUUGCAGUGCAAGAAAAAUGAAUGCAGCAAGAUCAAGCAACCCCUGAAAAUCCCCUCCCUCCUAACUCAGUUACACCCUCCAUUCUCACACAAAUUCCUCAUCACUCUUUCACACCCUCCCCACCUUAAAUCCCCACACCUCACCCAUCCCAAUUUCCAACCACCCAAUUCCUCAAUUCAAUUCAAUUCUACUGCAACCUCAAUUUUCCCUGCACACACAAUGGACGCCACAACCAAGUGGCUGGCCAUCACAGCAGCACUGGCCGUGAUCACCCUGUUUUCGGCCGCGACGAACGCCGAGGAAACGAAGCCCCCGCUGGUGGUUAAAGUGGUGAAGGGGAAGAAGCUCUGCGACAAAGGGUGGGAGUGCAAAGGCCUGUCGGCCUACUGCUGCAACCACACAAUCUCCGAUUUUUUCCAGACCUACCAGUUCGAGGAACUCUUCCCCAAGCGGAACACGCCCGUUGCCCACGCAUCCGGGUUCUGGGACUACCACUCGUUCAUCACCGCCGCCGCGACUUACCAGCCGCUCGGGUUCGGGACCACCGGCGGGAAGAACGUGGGACAGCUGGAGGUCGCGGCGUUCCUCGGCCACGUCGGCAGCAAGACUUCAUGCGGAUAUGGUGUGGCGACGGGAGGACCUCUUGCGUGGGGGUUGUGCUACAACAAGGAGCUGAGCCCGGAGAAGACGUACUGCGAUGACUAUUACAAAUACGAUUACCCUUGCACUCCGGGAGUGUCGUACCAUGGUCGUGGAGCUCUGCCGCUUUAUUGGAACUACAACUACGGCAAAACAGGGGAAGCCCUGAAGGUGGACCUGCUAAACCACCCGGAGUACCUGGAGAACAACGCAACCCUGGCGUUCCAGGCCGCGAUGUGGAAGUGGAUGACGCCGGACAAGAAGAACAAGCUGCCGUCGGCCCACGACGCCUUCGUCGGCAACUGGAAGCCCACCAAGAACGACACCCUGGCGAAGCGGGUGCCCGGGUUCGGAGCCACCAUCAACGUCCUCCACGGGGAGCAGAUGUGCGGCAAAGGAGACGACGAGGCGAUGAACAACGUCGUCUCGCACUACCUGUACUACCUCGAUUUGAUGGGCGUGGGGAGGGAAGAGGCAGGGCCGCACGAGGUUCUGACCUGCGGGGAACAGCUGCCCUUUGGCAAGAACCCUGUUUCCACUUCGUCUUCUUGAUUGUUGUUUCCCUCGUUAGAGGAAAUCAAUGGAUGUUGGAUGGAUCAUUGUGGUCUCUACAAUAAGGGAGUUUGAGGAGUGACAGAGUUUUGUUGGGUGUUGUAAUCAAAGGAUGUGCUCUGUUUUUCAUUUCUUUUUUUGCUUGUGGAUGGUGAGUUGAUGAUUGUAUAUUGUAUAUGACAUGAAAAAUGUACAUUUCGAGCAAUGGCGUCUCAUCUGCUUUUCUACUUUGCUUUGUGGAAGCUUGACCCAGACAACAUUAGGAACGGGACAAGUACGAGACAAAUAAAUUUUCAGCCCUACAUUAUGUGAAGGGCGGAGAUAUAUCGUAGGUUAAGAAUAGUUGCAUAUAUUUGUUCAGUUCAGUAUUUUAGUGUGUAUUUGUUUAGGUGUAAUUUUCAAACAUCGGUUAGGGAGUCAUAGUAUUGAAAUUGAUUGUUUGACUCUUGGCUAGAAGAUUACUGAAGCGAUAUCAGUGUAGUCUGUAGACUGAGAUCGGGAUGAUUUGCAGGAGCACUAGAAGACACUUAACUUAGACGGGAGGAGUUUAGGAAGACACCAUUGUUUACCUCUCGUGCAUUUGAAAAAUGAAGUUUUGAUGAAUUU